AUGGCCAAAGACUACGUGCUGAUCCUCGCCUCGGUGGCGGCGCUGGCCGUGAUCUCGGCGGCCACGUUCCUGUGCUCCCGGCGGCGGCGGGCGCCGUCGCCGUCGCAGCGGCGCGCCGCGGCGGGGGACGUGGAGCUCGGCCAGGGCGUGGUCGGGGUCGACGCGGCCGUCCUGGCCGGGUACCCGACGCUGGUGUACUCGUCGACGUCGCCGGAGAAGGACGAGGAGGAAGCCGCGGGCGCGGGAGCACCGGGCGGGUCCGACGCGGCGCGGUGCGCGGUGUGCCUGGCGGAAUACGCGGACGGCGACGAGCUCCGGCGGAUGCCCGACUGCCGGCACGCGUUCCACCGGGGGUGCAUCGACCAGUGGCUGCGCCGCCGGCCCACGUGCCCGGUCUGCCGGGCAUCACCGCCGCCGGCGGGGAAGGCAGCAGGCAGCACCGCCGUCGUCGUCGCCUCCGGAUCAUAAGGUCGAUCGUGAGGCCCGGCGGCGUGUGCGACGAUGCAUGGGCAGCGCGUGCAGCCAAGAGAGUUUCUUUGGUGUUGUGACCAUUUUGCGUCGUAUAGCCAUAGCUUGGACAAUGCAGAGGACAGGAUCAUCGGAGAGCGGCGAAACUUACAAAAUUCUUUUAUUAUUUUAAAAUUAUCUCCUUUUUUUUACCUUCUUUCUUGUACAUAGCUUGUGCAGAGUAGAUAGAUCAUGGACACUCCCAGCAUAUUGGAAAUGGCUGUGCUUUUCCUUUCCCAAAAGGAAAAGAAAACAAAAAGGAAAAGAAAAGAAAUGGUUGCUCCUUUUGUGCUCUCCCCAUGAUCCAUCUUCUCCAUCGUAGCACACACUUGUGACUUGUGAGACAGGCACGCAUGCGAGGAGCUGCACUGCACGCAAAAGACAUUGGCGCGUGUACGAUGUUGUUCAGACUGCAAAGAAAAGAGAAGAUGCAUCUAGUAUAGGAGUAGUGCUCAUUUUCCUCACCGUUUAAUCCUCUUUGAUUUAAUCUAACCAUGUCUUGAAAUGAAAUCGCUUUUAAAGUUUGGAGGAAAGAAAUCUCGUUCGAACCACCCACCA